AUGGAUCAGGCGCGCGAUGGUGUGGGCGAGGAGGUGGACGAGUUCCUUAAGGAAGCCACCAUCUCUGGCGUCAAGGAUGCGCAGGCGCUGACCAACCAAGAAGUGGCCAUCCUCCUUGACAAGUACCGCACCACCAACGUCCAGACCACCCCGGGGUUCUGCCCUCCCCCCAUGGUCAUCAAGACACAGGCCUACCUGGAGCAGGUCUCUGGGGGCGCCGGCAAGAACGAGGAGGCGGCGACAGCCAUCCGCGAGUGA